AUAAUUUUGUUUUUUCCUCCAAAGUCCAAAACAAUGGCUACUACUGCUCUUCAAGAGGCUUACAAAGAUAACCCUCCAAUUAGCCUUCAACACCUUCUCCCUAUAGAUUUUCACUCAAUCCAAGAAGUUCCAAACUCUCAUAUAUGGCCUAAAAUCAACAAUUUCCCAAUUAGUCUUGAUGAAAAACCUCCUAAUGUCCCAAUAAUUGAUCUUUUGGCUCCCAAUAUUGAGAAACUUAUCGGCCAUGCAUGCAAAACAUGGGGGGUAUUUCAAGUUGUUAAUCAUGGAGUUUGUUUAGAACUCUUUGAUGAAGUUGAAUCUCAGGCAAGGCGAUUUUUCGCCUUGCCUGCAGAACAGAAGGCAAAAGUUCUGAGAUCAUCGGCUAGUGGUGGCACCGGCUAUGGCGCGGCUCGAAUUGCGCCUUUUUUCUCCAAGUUGAUGUGGCAUGAAGGGUUCACCAUUAUGGAUUCACCACUUGAUCAUGCUAAGGAACUUUGGUCACAUGACUAUCAAUAUUUUUGUGAUGUGAUGGAAACUUACCAAAAGAAGAUGAAAGAUCUAUCCUACAAACUUUGGCUACUCAUCCUCAAAUACUUAGAGGCAUCUCAACAAGAUUUAUUUACUUCUGAAUAUUCAGGAGCUUUACAAUUAAAUUCAUAUCCAUGUUGCCCUAACCCUAACCAUGCAAUAGGGUUAGCUCCUCAUACAGAUUCAUUAUUCCUCACAAUACUCCAUCAAACUAAUAACACAAAGGGUCUUCAAAUCAUGAAAAAAGGCCAUGGAUGGACUUCAAUAUCUCCGGUUUCCAACGAUGCCCUCAUCGUUAAUGUUGGUGAUCUUCUUCAUAUACUCUCUAAUGGUGAAUUUCAAACGGCUUACCAUAGAGUUCUUGUUGACCAAACUAAGCAUAGGCUUUCAUUGGCUUAUUUUUUUGGACCUCAAGUUGAUUCUUUAAUUGUCCCAUUAAUUUCUUCUAAGGAUAAUGUUGGUGUUGUUGCACCAAAAUAUAGAUCAGUGAAAGUGAAAGAGUAUAUUAGCCUCAAGGCUAAACAUAAUGAGAAGGUGUUGUCUUUGCUUAGGUCUUGAUAUCAAGAUUUUAGUUAUGUUAUAUAGUAUUGACGGGGAAUAAUAGUAAUUCAGUUAGUUAACUAUUUAAUUAUCAUUUUGUUAGUAAGGUUUGAUUCUCCAUCUUGUAGUCUCCAAAUAAAAUGUUGUAGUAUUGUUUCGGGGAAUAAUGUGAUCUUGGCGUAAUUUCA